UAGUUUGUUAUCAUUACGUUGACAAGUGUCGUCUUAUUUCGUAAUCUUCCAACUUUUUUUAGAUUGAAAUUUAUUCAUAUUAAAAUGGUUCAAAUAAGGAGAAUAUUAGUUUUGUAUACCGGUGGUACUCUUGGAAUGUUGAAGAAUGAAAAGGGGGUACUCGUUCCACAGAAGGAUAUAGAAAACAGAGUCAUAAGAAAAUUACCUCAACUACACGACUACGAAUAUUGGCAACAGCACCUAGCGAAAACAGAUAAGAGUGACUACCUCGUAUUACCAGAUGGCAAGGAUACCGAUGGCAAGGAUUUGAAAAUUUUGUACAAAAUUUACGAAUACGAUGAACUAAAGGAUGCUUCAAACUUUUCGAUCGACGAUUGGCUUAAAAUGGGUCGUGAUAUUAAGCGUUUUUAUCACGACUACGACGGUUUUGUGAUCCUGCACGGAACCGACACGACGGCCUACGGUGCUUCUAUGCUGUCGUUUAUGUUAGAAGUAGUGGGGAAGACAAUUGUACUUACCGGAGCACAGGUGCCAAUAUUCCAGCCUCGUAGCGACGGCAACAACAACUUCCUGUGCGCUCUCUUGAUAGCCGCCACACUACACAUACCCGAAGUUACGGUAUUCUUCGGUUCAAAACUGUUCAGAGGAAAUAGAGUAAAAAAAGUCUCAAAUACAAGAAUAUAUGCAUUCGAUUCUCCAAACUACCCCCCUCUGUUAGAAGCUAAGUCUACUCUCAUACUGGACCCGAAGAUGUUGUUCCAUCCACCUGGCUCUGUUCCUGACGAGUGCGUAUUACACGACAAGCUUUCGAAAAAAGUUUACGUCUUGAAAGUAGGCCCUAAUAUAUCUCCUGAGAUUAUUAAAGCUGUGUUCCAAGGCAUGGAAGGUAUAGUGUUAGAAACUUACGGAAACGGGAACAUGCCCAUCAAACGCAAGGAGAUCUAUGACGAAAUCGAAAAAGCUGUGAAAAAUAACAUCCUAAUCGUAAACGUUACACAGUGUAUCAACGGAAAUGUCCAAGAAAAGGCAAUUUAUGAGACCGGACUGUUGCUAGUGGAGUGCGGUGUAGUUCCCGCUUUUGAUAUGACAGCUGAGGCUGUAUUUGCAAAACUUUGCUACGUACUCACAAAAACUGAACUCAGUUAUGAUGAAAAAGUUAAGUUAAUGAAGACUAAUCUAAGAGGCGAAUUAUACAACCCUAAUCCUCCAGUACUUUGAAAUUAAAAAAAAAGUUAAACAA